AUGAUCAUUAACGGAGAAAAGUUCGCUUGCGAUACAUGCAUCCGGGGUCAUCGCGUAGCCCAGUGCAAGCACACAGAUCGACCGCUUCGACAGAUUAGCAGCAAAGGACGGCCCGUAUCGCAAUGCGAUCACUGCCGCGACUUACGAAAGACUAGUUCCGUUCACACGAGGUGUAAAUGUGCUUCCGAAGCCCUGAACCCUGCAUCUGGACUCGCUCGAUGCCGGUGCUUUACCGGAGAGGGCUGUACUUGCGCACACAGCAAGAAGCAACCGACUUUGAAAGACGCACUUGAUGUCGAUUCCGUGGGCUAUGGCUCACCCAUGACGGAGUCCGGCAUUGCCACGCCGAGCAUAUCAACCGAAGAUGGAGGCGCUAAGACACCUCAAACGCUACCUAUAAAAGUCCACAGGCCUCUUGCGAUGAAACCCGCACUUCCCACGCCAGAGGAGGGCAGAAAGUCUUGUUGUUCAUCAAGUCCGAAGCAAUCCUGCUGUUCUUCUAAUGACAAGGCUUCUUGCUGUUCUUCUGAGACAGUGGUACCUGAUACAAGCUGUUGCUCCACAGGGCAACCUGAGGGCUCACAUGUGCCCCCGGUCCAUGAUUUCCUGGUGAAUGAUGCCCAAGACAAUCUAUACAAUGUCGGGCCACCUUGGCCGAUGCCAACAGGCUUUGACUCUUCACUCGACCCUUCCAUGCUGGAUCUGCUUAGCGACACUCACCUAAACACCGAACCACCUCACAGCCUGGAUAUAUUUGGCCCUCUUUCAUCAGGGCAAGAGCCAGAUGCUUUGAGUCAACCUCUCGAUUGGGAUGGCAUACCUGUAGACUGGAGUUCCUUUGACUUUCAGCCCACAGUAAUCACAGAUGUGCCGCAAGAAGAAAAUCAGCAAGCUCAUGCGUAUCCACCCCUACGGUGA